AUGCCGUCAUUUUCUAUACUCCGUCGGUCGGCUAAAGCCCGCAAGCAGUCAGUCCCUGGGAGCGAUUCUACAACCCACAGCGACGGAUCAACAAGCCCCGAUUUUAAGAAAGAGACCGGCGUCGGCAGCGAAAGAGAAAGGCGAGGGUCGGCGCGGGAACUAAUUCAGGACCUCAUCAACCGAUCAAUUCGAGGGGCCAGUAGGUCAGGGUCUACUUCUGCAGCUUCUUCGAGUGGCAAUUCGAAUUCAACGCCAUCUGUGGGUUUUGCGCUAGGGGCAACUGGUGGUACCCCUCGGAGAGGGCGGGGGAAGCCCUGCGACGUUGAGCCAGCAAAGACGGGUCUAGCGUCAGACCACUGCAUGUCUACAGUGGUAGCACAGCGCGCAUCCGAGCACCCCGUCAAAUCCCCUACUGCUAUGACACACGACAAUUCCAUGGCCUGGUCCAGCUCGGGAAACCCCAUCCAUCCCAAGCCCAUCCAGCAAUACUUGGAUGGGCGCGUGAUCAAUAUACGCUCUGGGUGGUUCCUGCAUCAAUCGUAUGACGAGGACUCCUCCGAAACCGAAUCAGUUGCUGGCUCCAACCACUUCAAUGCCAAUUGA